AUGGCCCCUUUCAACUUGAUCGCAGUUUCUCUGCUCGGCUGCUUGUCCAGCCUUGCACUGGGAGCUCCUACUGCAACCAGCAACGAGGCAAAGCUCCUAGGAAAGCGCGCAAACGUCAAUGAUGUCGCUACUGGUUAUGCUAGCCUGAAUGGAGGCACCAAGGGUGGUGCUGGUGGCACGACGACCACUGUCUCGUCGUAUGCUGCCUUCACGGCCGCAGUUUCCAGCGACGAUGCCAAGGUUGUCGUUGUGAGCGGCACCAUCACCAAGGCAGCUGAUCAAGUUCGUGUUGGAAGCAACACUAGCAUCAUCGGCAAGGACGCGAAUGCCAUCUUGAGCGGCUUCGGCAUUCUGGUCAAAGAAAAGACAAACGUCAUCAUCCGCAACCUCGGCGUGAAGAAGGUGCUUGCCGAUAACGGCGAUGCCAUUGGUGUCCAAAAAUCAACCAACGUGUGGAUUGACCACUGCGACGUUUCAUCCGACAUGGAUCACGACAAGGACUACUACGAUGGCCUCAUCGAUCUUACCCACGCCGCCGACUACGUCACUGUCUCCAACACCUUCAUCCACGACCACUACAAGGCCUCCCUGAUCGGACACUCGGAUAGCAACAGCGCCGAGGACACCGGUCACCUGCGCGUCACCCAGAACAACAACUUCUGGUACAACAUCAACUCGCGCGGUCCUUCCUUCCGCUUCGGCACUGGUCAUAUCUACAAUAACUACUACCUGGACGUCGCUGACGGUGUCAACACCCGCCAGGGCGCCCAGCUUCUCGUCGAGUCUAACAAAUUCGUUGGUAGCAAGAAGCCCCUCUACUCUACUGACGCUGGCUAUGCUGUGGCCAAUGACAAUGACUUUGGUGAUGCGUCUAACACUGCUUUGGCUGGAACGCUCAAAUCGGUUCCGUACAGCUACACCCUGCUUGGUUCGUCCAAGGUUGAGGCUGCUGUGUAUGGUACUGCUGGUCAGACUCUUGUCUUCUAA